AUGCCACCUCAAACCAAACCACCUCAAACCAAACCACCUCAAACCAAACCACCUCAAACCAACUCAACUCAAAAACUCAAACCAACCCACCUCAAACCAACUCACCUCAAACCAAACCACCUCAAACCAACCCACAUCAUACCAAACCACCUCAAACCAACUAAACUCAAACUAACCCACCUCAAACUAACCCACCUCAAACCAAACCACCUCAAACCAAACCACCUCAAACCAACUCAACUCAAACUAACCCACCUCAAACCAACUCACCUCAAACCAAACCACCUCAAACCAACCCACAUCAUACCAAACCACCUCAAACCACCCCACCUCAAACAAAACCACCUAAAACCAAAACUCAAACCAACUCACCUCAAACCAACUCACCUCAAACCAACUCACCUCAAACCAAACCACCUCAAACCAACCCACCUCAAACCAACUCACCUCAAACCAAACCACCUCAAACCAACCCACAUUAUACCAAACCACAUCAAACCAAACCAACUCAAACCACCCCACCUCAAACCAACUCACCUCAAACCAACUCACCUCAAACCAACCCACCUCAAACCAACCCACCUCAAACCAACCCACCUCAAACCACCCCACCUCAAACCAACCCACCUCAAACCAACCCACCUCAAACCAACCCACCUCAAACCAACCCACCUCAAACCAACUCACCUCAAACCACCCCACCUCAAACCAACUCACCUUAAAUCACCCCACCUCAAACCAACCCACCUCAAACCACCCCACCUCAAACCACCCCACCUCAACUGA